CGCAGAGGGGCCGGUCGGGCGCGGUGGGGCCGGUGGCGCAGGCGCAGUGGAGCCGGUGGCUGGCGCACGCCCCCUCCCGGCGGGACGAUGCUGUACCUCGUGGGCUUGGGGCUGGGCGAUGCCCGGGACAUCACCGUCAAAGGCCUCCAGGUCGUGCAGCGCUGCAGCCGCGUCUACCUGGAAGCCUACACCUCCAUCCUCACCGUGGGCAAGGAGACGCUGGAGGACUUUUAUGGAAGAAAAUUGAUCCUUGCUGACAGAGAAACAGUGGAACAAGAAGCCGACCAUAUUUUAAAGGAUGCCGAUGUCAGUGAUGUUGCUUUCCUGGUAGUUGGCGAUCCAUUUGGGGCCACAACACACAGCGAUCUUGUUUUGAGAGCAGUAAAGCUGGGAAUCCCAUACAGAGUUAUUCACAAUGCUUCCAUAAUGAGUGCCGUGGGCUGCUGUGGAUUGCAGUUGUACAGUUUUGGAGAAACCGUUUCUAUCGUUUUCUGGACAGACACCUGGAAGCCGGAAAGUUUUUUUGAUAAAAUCAAGAAGAAUAGACUUAGUGGCCUCCACACUUUGUGCCUACUUGAUAUCAAAGUAAAAGAGCAGUCUUUGGAAAAUUUAAUGAAGGGAAAGAAGAUCUAUGAACCGCCACGGUUUAUGAGUGUGAACCAAGCAGCUGGACAAAUUCUGGAAGUUGUUCAAAAUCGAAGACUCCUGGGAGAAGAACCAGGAAUCAGCGAGGAGACCAUGUGUGUCGGCCUAGCCAGAGUCGGGGCAGACGACCAAAAGAUUGUGGCAGGCACCUUACAGCAACUGUGUACAGUAGACCUGGGUGGACCUUUACACUCCCUGAUUAUAACGGGCACCAUGCAUCCUCUGGAAGUGGACAUGCUCAAGAUAUUUUCUGUGGCUGAAGAGAGUUGAAAUGUUUGCGUAAUGGCAGGAUCUCACUUAGAGUUGCCAUUGUUACUUUGUUUAAUUUCCACUCGAAUAUUUAUAAUAAACCAUAAAAUUGUGAAAAAAAAGACCAA